ACAAACUUCAGAAAAAAAAAAAGUUGUUCAAUUAUAUGGUACACCAAAAUUCAAAGGGAGAAAGUCAGAAAGUUGCGUGCGUGAUGAAGUAAAAGGGCUGUGAAGAGUGUUGCGAUUGCUUUGUUUGGUUUGUUCUCUGAAACAGAGAAUGGAAGUGAGCGACAAAGUGAAGAUGGCUGCUUUUCUGUGGUUAGAAGGCUUAGGGGAAGCUUGUUGCCUUCACCGCGUUGUUCUUCUAUGUAUGAGGUCCAACAACCUUUUGAUGCGAACUGGCCAGUGUUUCCUCUUAAAUGGUUUCAUUUUUUUAGGAAGUAUAUUCGUCCUAAACUCAGUUGUGAUCCCUGCACUGUGGUGGAUAUUACCUGGUCAAUGCUCACAGUUUGUUUCUCAUGAACUGUGUGACUUAGGUGGCACUUUGAAAUUUUAUUCUUUCUUACGUCUGGCACUCAUUCAGCUCUGUUACGUGCUCUGGUUUUACCCAUUAUACGUGUUCAGCAUAGUUCUCAGCACAAUUUGGUACAAUGACAUUGCCAAGUAUGGGUAUGCUGCAAUGGGAAGAUCUAAGCUGACUGUAGAGAAAGGCUCAAGACAAAACAACUCUCCAAGUAUACAAGAUGCUCAUCAUGUAAAAGGACCGUCUGGCUUGGGAGGGGUCAUGAUUGGAAUAGGACAGCAGGUGUACUCGAUACUCCUUUUGAGUGUUUUUUUUCUUGAGGUAUAUGCAACAGGAUUCAUACCAUAUAUAGGCAAGCUGAUUAAUUUUUUUCUCCUUUCCUGGAUGUAUGCAUAUUACUGCUUCGAGUACAAAUGGAACUUCAAUGAAGUGGCUCUUGACAAAAGGCUGGACUACUUUGAGUCAUACUGGCCAUUUUUUGCGGGAUUUGGGAGCCCAUGUGUUUUGGCCAUAUUCUUUUUCUCUCCCCUUGUUAGUUAUGGGAUUAUGGCUAUACUCUUCCCACUGUUUGUUCUAACUGCAACUGGGUCAGAGUCAGAGCAAGAAAUAUCCUUCGAAAAACAUAAGUGGAGAGCUGCUGGAGUGGAAAGACUUCCAAUAUUUUAUGUUGCAGACAAAGUGUCGUUGUGGAUGUUAUCUCUUUUACCAUUGGAAAAAGGGGACCAGGUGCAAGACAGAAAAGAACAAUAAGGUUGUCNUGGUCAGUUAUUCUGGCAUUGCUGAUGACAAGACCAAUUUUAUGUAACAACUGAUGUGAUGGGCUGCACACGUGACUCAGAAUUCAGACGCAGAGAGAUCAAAAAUCACAAAGUGGACCACAUUACAGGCAAAAUUACUGUAUAGGAAUCUACUCCUUCCUAACAUUUUAUACAAACCAUGCUCUAUUUAAAACAUGGUCAUUGAAAUUUGAAGUGUGCAUAUAUCUUUCAAGCAGUGAUGGAAUGCUAGUCUUUGAAAUUCUCUUUCAUCUAAUGCAAAACUUUGAAAUUUCAGAGUUUUUUUGUUCUUGUAGUUCAUGUUUAAUUUCUCUAAAACAAAAUCCUCAAGUUCAUGUGCUACAGCUACAAUCAGUUUGUGGACACAUGCAGCAGUUAUCUACUACCUGAUAGAAAGUCCUUGAGUUC